UGGCACUCGAGAGCGCAUUUGAAGGCACUACAAAAGAUAGCUUUAUCGAAUUUGGGGAGUUGAAGGAAAUGUGUGAAGAUGUGAUUAUCCUAAUCAAAUCUUCAAGGUGGAGAUUGUUGAAAAAUCAAAUAAGGUAAGUGUUGAAAAGUCAAAAAUGGUGGGAGGUGCAAUUGGCACCGAAAGAAAAAAAAGUUGGCAAGUUGUUUAAAGUUGAAAGGGAUAAUUGCAAUUUUGGUCCCUAAUUUUUUUAGGCCAUUUGCAAGUUAGUCCCUAAACCUCAACUAUAAAUAGGCCUAACCAUUUCUCAUUUCAACCAUCCCAACCAAUCUUUCUCUCUUAGUUUUCUCUCUUCUCCCAUUUGAGAAUUCUUAAAGAAUUCUAUUUGUUCGUAAUAUUUUGGAGAUAGUAAAGUUAUCAUCUGGUGUUAGUGCCCGAGGGCGUAGGUAUAAUUUACGAACCUCGUUAAAAUUCUUGUGUUCUUUCUUGUCCUAUUUUUCUUUCAAUAUUUGAGGGUAUAAUAGUAGUAUUUAAUUGUCCUAUUAAAUUACGAUAGAAGGAAUAUUCUGACUAAGGAAAGACUUGGUAUUUAAGAGAUCCUUGUGAUCCACCUCUCUUCCCUGGGAAUUGAACUUUGUGUGAUUUUUUAGUACAAUAAUUUACACGCUUCUGACCCUAUUGAAACAACAAUAUGUCGUCCGUUAUGUUGCAAAAUAUUGACUAAUUAAUUAUUAAAAUCUAGGAAAAGGUCCCAAACCCAUGACACCUACUCAUUUUCGACUCUACUCACAGCUAACCUAACUCUCUCUCUCUCUCUAAUAUAUAUAUAUGAUCAAAACAAUGCAUUCCAAAGAGGGGAAAUCAAUUGCAAAAAAGCUAAAGCAAAGGAUGCAGAUACGCCACCAAUAUAGAGGCGAUGAAGGGCAAAGGUGUGUCGGAGGAUUAAGGUCAUACACAAAAACAAGAAUUGGCAAGAAAAAGUCAUCGUCUUCGUCUUCGAUUGGGGUUAUGACAAGUCUCACCGGAAAAGGGGGAAUCCCUAUAUCAGAUGGUGGAAAAAAGAUGUACAAAAGGAGCAUCCAGAAAGCGAAAGAAACUACUACACUUAAGAGAAGGAAAACAGUAAUGAGAAAUAAGAUAGAGCAGAAGAAGUUGAUGAGGGAGUCACUGAAGACGACUAAAAGAGAUGCCGCAGAGGGUAAGUCAAGGUAUAGGUUGUUGAAGAUGAUGAGGAAUGAGCUUAGGGAUGAGGUGAAUGGAGUUAUCAACGACUUUAUGAGAUUGCGGGCAUUGGAGACAUUGGUGAUGCAGGAGCUGGGUUUCUUUUGAAACUCCACACUUCUAUCAAAUGCCUUGUUUAAAUUAGAAAUGCAAAUCCACAUUAUAUAUACUCUUACUUAUCAAAAAAAAGAAUGAUUUUGGGUCUGAGAAAAUUAGAAA